AUGUCUCGACCUCAUCAGCCCGCGGCUGCCUUUGCAGGCUCCCCUAUCGACAACGGCCGGUAUCCGUUGAUCGGACCUAUCCCCGUGUCCUUUGACCAACGGCAGACUCGUGACCGUAUGGAUGGAGGCCCUCCCGAUGUCCGCUGGGUAGUCCACAGUGCAGCUACGGUAGAUGUCCAGAUUAACCUCUCCUUCCAAGAUAUCGUCGUAAUCUUCUGGAUUGCUGGUAAUAUCUAUCGACUCUUCCCCGAACUCGACCAGGCUGCCCAGCCUGGACAACAGCCUGGACUCGGCCUCAAUAUAAAUACUCGGGGUGCCCUCAGCCGUAUCCACGAACUCGCGCCACAUGUCAGACUUGCGCAUAUUCAGAACCUCAGCAGCGGCGGCCGGAUCAACGUCGAUGUUCUCGACCGGCUUAUCCAUGACUUCCGAGCAGAAAUGCACACUAUCGCGUCGGCGGACUGGUUCUACCUUCUCGGCAGCCUCCCUGAUGCAGCUGCGCUUGAGUUCGAUUCCGCUAUGGUUUCCGUCCGGGAUCGUAUUAGCGAACAAGAUCGAGCAGUACCGAGGGAGCAUACCCGCAUGCCGCGUUCAUGGCUCUACGCCUUUGCGAUAAGCUGGUGUCCUGCUGCUUACGACGUAGGUGCGUCCUACCAGGAUGCCCACUCUCUCCUUCACGAAAAUAGAGGCGCACACAAGCUCCCGCAGGCAGCUGGCUUCGACCUUCAUUUGCCUACGUACCCCGUCCAGCAGAUGCGUACUAGCAUACAGCGAUGCUUUAUGUCGGUCCUCCGGAGCCGCCUUGGUUAUAGACCUGCUCCUCCCGGCGCGACCAUUGUCGAGGAUAACAUAACGGACCCAACGGACCAGUGGGAUCUUGAUCUAGGUGCAGGUCCUUCCGAUAGAGACCAAUGUUCGCAUAGUUGGACCCUGGAAUACUCCAAGGCCAGGCCUGCUGACAAGUUCACCGCCGUGAAGCCAUUUGGCUCCGAUGCUGGGCCCGUCCUCCGGCUCGGGGGGCUGUACCAUGGGAUCGACCGGGGCUGGAACUUCAAGGUGAGGUAUGAUUGCGCGUGGCCGUCUGAUGGACCUCUUCAUACCACCGACAUCAAGCCUGAGGUUCGGCAGACCUGCCGUAUUAUCGUCAUCUUCUUCAAGGGUUAUGAUGCAGACCUUUCCAGUCGCAUCUCCAAUUGCAAGCCUGCUGAGACCCCCGAAAAUGCACCGGACGUAAUCGGCCCUUGCAACUCAAUGAGAUCUUUGAUGAGCUUGGCUUUGCCGCGCCGGUGUCUGAUAUUCCAGACCUUGACUACUCCGCCAGAGGACCCCGUGUACAGCCGGUCAUUUGCUGUUUCCCAGACGCAUCUCUACCGCCCCGCCACAGACGCAGGGCCGGUCAAGCAACGGCUUGGCCAUACCGAGGAGAAGCAUCCGUCGAAAUGCCUAGGGACUGACGAAGAUCUCCACUCAUGGAAGUCACCUGGAGCAUUGGCUCAGCGACUCGACGAGUACGAGUCUCGUGGCUAUGCGGAGUACAGCAGCCAUCGCACUCUCCCACCACAUCCCAUCACCAAACCCCUUCAAGGCCUCAAGCCUCUGGCAACGGCCGACGAUGCUUCCGCGACGUUCAGGGCUCAAAUGCAGCAAGCCUCCGACGGCGAUGCCGUCUUGGCCAAAUCCCUGGACUCACGCAGACCUCAAAGAUCACCCCCAGGGUUCAGUUCCGAGUUCCGACAGGCAUGCAGGGGUAUCCCAGAGCAGAUCAGUCAACCAUGCCGCAACACCGCCGAGGUCCUCCGCGUCGUCGACUCCCUCCAGACCGGCGACAAGCACAAGAUCACCACCCCGAUCAACUGGGUUCCCGGCGACGACGUCAUCGUCCACCCCGCCGUCAGCAACGAUCAAGCCAAGGGGCUCUUCCCCGAGUUCCGCAUCGUCAAGCCCUAUCUCCGCUUCACCCCUCUCCCCAAGGAGAAGGCCACCGUCGCAUAG